GCGGGGAUAGUUGUAACGUUAGCAACCACGCUGGGAGACAGGAUCGCUUAUCAUUCCCGAGAAGGAUUGCCUUUCGAAAUAUGUCUUUAAGUCCUGACUCAUUCCAUGUCUGAUGCACCAAGAAGAGUUUGAUCUACCAGAGAAGCCGUGUGUCUUGUUACUAAGCCGUCUGUGAGAGAUGUCACCAGCGUCCAGCUGCGACUGCCCCCACCUGGACUGCGUGGGGGAGAUAACUAAAGAAGAGCUUAUUCAGAAAUCCCACGGCCAGUGCCAAGACUGUAAAGUCAGAGGUCCGAAUCUGUGGGCGUGUUUGGAGAAUGGUUGUGCGUACGUGGGCUGUGGAGAAUCUCACGCCGACCACAGCACCGUUCACUCACAGGAGACGAGGCACAACCUGACGGUGAAUCUGACCACGCUUCGAGUGUGGUGCUACGCCUGCGGAAAGGAGGUGUUCCUGGAGCGAAAACUAAGUUCUCACUCGCCCCACGCCAACGCCAAACCCCUCCCAUUACCGUCGAGCGCCAGUCAGGAUAGCAACAGAGCCCACGGGAGCCCAACCUCUCUGAGAGUGCCCUCUGAUGGAGCCUGUGAAGACCUGGACAUGGAAACCGAGGAGGAGGACGACCUGCGUGCCAGAGGCCUGACAGGGCUGAAGAAUAUAGGCAACACCUGCUACAUGAACGCCGCCCUCCAGGCCCUGUCCAACUGCCCGCCCUUGACGCAGUUCUUUCUUGAAUGCGGUGGUUUGGUGAGAACCGACAAGAAGCCUGCUCUCUGCAAAAGCUACCAGAAACUAGUCUCUGACUUGUGGAACAAGAACAGACCCUCCUAUGUUGUCCCGACCAACUUAUUCCAGGGGAUCAAAGCUGUAAACCCCAUGUUUAGAGGGUAUUCCCAGCAGGACUCGCAGGAAUUUCUGCGCUGCUUGAUGGAUCAGCUUCACGAGGAGCUGAAGGAAUCGCUUCCAGAGCCCUACGACCAGUCCAGCGGCAUCGCCGUCAACGACGGCCCGGAAGAGGACAACCACAGCCAGUCGGACAACGACUUCCAGUCAUGUGAGUCCUGUGGCAGCAGCGAGAGGGCCGACAAUGAGGUCCAGGGUGGGAAUGUUCUGAUGGACGACACCAACGAAGCGGAGAUGCUGAUUCCUGAGCGGGACGAGAUCCAGGCCAACCGGGAGUGGCAGAAGGAGAAGAACAUGAUCAACGACCUUUACCGCUCUAGCGUUAACGGCGUUAUGGGCGGAAGCGCGGGGGGCGACAUCGACAAAGACGUGGACACCACCGCCGAGAACACAGCGAUUAUCAGCAGCCAGGGAGCCAUCAAGGUCCAAGGCAGAACAUCCGACUGCUUUCCAGAUAUCCAAAUGUCCAACACCAUGAGACCACAGAGCCCUGUCCCCAUGGAAGGACACAAUCCCAAAAUGUCCACAAGCCCACCCAAAGCCGUGUCCGCCUGGCCCAGCCUGAACCCCGCGCACAAAAAAGCCAUUACCACAUUCACCCCACCUAAGAGCAAGCGUCAGAAGAAAUUCCGCAGCGUAAUUUCAGAUGUCUUCGAUGGGACCAUUGUCAGCUCAGUUCAGUGCCUCACCUGCGAUCGGGUGUCCGUGACCCUGGAAAACUUCCAGGAUAUUUCCUUGCCCAUUCCGGGAAAGGAAGACCUGGCCAAGCUCCACUCAUCCACCCACCAGACCUCCCUGGUAAAAGCCGGCUCCUGCGGGGAGGCUUAUGCACCUCAAGGCUGGAUAGCAUUUGUCAUGGAGUACAUCAAGAGCUGGUUCUGGGGGCCAGUAGUUACACUACAAGACUGCCUUGCAGCUUUCUUUGCCAGAGAUGAACUGAAGGGAGACAACAUGUACAGCUGUGAAAAGUGCAAAAAAUUACGAAAUGGAGUCAAAUUUUGUAAAAUGCAAAAUUUGCCAGAGAUCUUGUGUAUUCAUCUGAAGCGCUUCAGACACGAACUGAUGUUCUCCACCAAGAUAAGCACCCACGUGUCUUUUCCACUCGAGGGCCUAGACCUGCAGCCUUUUCUGGCCAAAGACAGCUCCGCCCAGACCACCAACUAUGACCUGCUGUCAGUCAUCUGUCACCACGGCACUGCCAGCAGUGGCCACUACAUAGCAUACUGCAGGAACGAUAUGAACAAUCUGUGGUAUGAGUUCGAUGACCAAAGUGUGACCGAGGUCUCCGAGUCCUGCGUCCAGAACGCCGAAGCCUAUGUACUCUUCUAUAAAAAGAGCAGCGAGGACGCAGUGAAAGAACGUAGGAGGGUGUCGGCCUUGUUCAACAUGAUGGAGCCCAGCCUUCUGCAGUUCUACAUCUCUCGCCAGUGGCUGAACAAGUUCAAGACCUUUGCCGAGCCGGGGCCAAUUUCCAAUGAUGACUUCCUGUGUGCGCAUGGAGGCGUGCCACCCAACAAAGCAGCAUUCAUUGAUGAUCUGGUGGUGAUGCUGCCGCAGAAUGUGUGGGAUCACCUUUACAGCAGGUACGGAGGGGGGCCAGCUGUUAACCACCUGUACGUCUGCCACACCUGUCAGAUUGAAAUAGAGAAACUCGAAAAACGGCGCAAAUCUGAGCUGGACAUGUUCGUCAGGCUGAACAAGGCGUUCCAGGAGGAGGAGUCUCCGGUGGUCAUAUACUGCAUCAGCAUGCAGUGGUUUCGUGAGUGGGAGGGCUUUGUCAAAGGAAAAGACAAUGAUCCUCCAGGACCCAUUGAUAAUUCCAAGAUAACAGUCAACAAGAACGGCCAUUUAAUGCUCAAACAAGGUGCGGACUCCGGGCAGAUCUCUGAGGAGACGUGGAACUUCCUCCACUCCAUCUAUGGCGGCGGUCCACUGGUGACUGUGCGGCCAAACAUCAGCCACCAGGAAGUGGAAUCAUCGCAGUCGGAGGAGAAGAUCGAAGUCGAGACACGCUCCGUUUAAUCAAGCACUUGACAGUAAAGCGUUGGGAAAGCAUUGAGAAAUGUAAAAAAAAAUAACUGCCUUUUAUUUUGCACUUUUGUUUGAGAAGCAUUCACGAAAAAAGGACCUCAUCUUCCCUGCUACGCCACCGCCUUUGACAGAGGGAUUUAACAUGUCGUGCUGUACAAAUCUGUAUAAAGAGCUCUUAAAUUUCUAUUAGCACUGUAGAGUUAAUGUGUAUGGUUAUUUUUCAGAACCAAGCAUUUAAAUUAUGUGCAGCUAAAAUUUCCUCUGUAUGCCAUAUUUCUUUUUUUCUUUCUUUGACCAAAUGAGCACAUAUUGUAUGUUCAUGUGUUGCUAUUGCUGAAUCACAACACAUUUUGCUGUAGAUAAAACUCACUUUUUUUUUUCGUGUUGUAAAUUAAUACUGUCCACUGAAUGGUUAGGAGAGCAAAAUGUGACACUUAAAAUAAUUUAAUAUCAAAAGGUUAUGAAGGGACUAAUUUCUGACUAGUCUCAGGAAUGACUGUUUUGCACUGUUCUGUAGAUGUACAAAUUGGCAUGCUCUGCGCAGGUGUCUGGUUUGUAUAUGAAUGUAUCAAUACUGGUAGUACGUUGGUCAAUACUCAGCACUUGAGUGAUUUAAUAUAAUGAUGUCAGUAGAUUUUCCUCAUUUUGUUGAAAAAAAAGAAAAAGGCAGGCAGACUAAGGAAUGCAUGCUUAACACUCAAGCACAGUUUAACAUCUCGUGUAACUGCAUGUAAAUGCAAAGCUGCUCUUAAAACGUGCACGCAGUCGUGAUCUAUCUUCACUAAAUUGUACAGCCAUAGAACAUUGUAGUAUGUAAUCAGCAUCAUCUGCAAUCUAAUUAAUCAAAGGCAUUAUUUUUCUGUAUGGGCAUGGUAUGGCUUAAUAUGCUGGCUGGUGGGUCAACUGAAUGUUGUAUUUCCAAUUUUCUGCAUUUAAGUGAGAUCUAUCCUUAUUUUUGCUGGCUGACACUAUUAAAACUUGAUGAAAACAGAAUUAACUCUGCCCCCCUCCCCUUGAUUUGGUUACUGUGAGCUGACUUGAAGGAGAAAAUAAGAAUGGAAAAUUAGGAGUCUGUCAUAAGCGGUGUUUGUCGUUUGAAAAGAAAGUGAUUUUAAACGGUCGUAAAUUUGACAAAGUGACACCGAGGCUGUCUGACCAAC